GGUGAGCUGGCACACCGGGCUUGGGGAUACAGAGAUUUUUAUAGGGUAAAGGGGCAGUUUUCACGCGGGGGAAGCAAUAGGUUUCUUAAUAGUUAAUUUUAAACCCAGCAUAUAGGCUACCUAAAGGGCAAAGUUGUUUUUCACUUUAUGUUACUGGAAAAAAAACAUAAAAGCUACAUGUUUGCACUCUGGUCCUCUUGUUCCUGCUUAUUCAGGCAUGCCUUGGGACCUAACUAAUUAUCUGAAAACCACCUCUGGUGCCUGCGUAGGUUUGUGACAUGCCUCGGUGGUUUUGCAACUAGGCCUGAGGUUGUUGGGCUGGGGUCUUUCAGAGAUGCCUUUGAAUAACUGAAUAUGUGACUUUAAGGGAAUAUCUUGGAAUUUCUAUAAAAAUCACGACACACAUCUCAUCCUGCCCUCUUAUUUUCUCCUCCCUGAUUGUCCUUCAGUUCAGGUAUCUCUCUGCCUCUCUGCUCUCCAGUCUUUUCUUUCCCACCACCGCUUCUCAAAGGGAGAAAGCAGACUGUAGUUUAGAAAGGGGGCGGCAAUGCUACCGCGGGUCCUGCCUUCGGCUUGAAUGUUGGCUCUAAAUGUAGUGAGCUGCUUCUUCUUACAAUGGGAGUGUCAAGAUGCUGCGGAGAAAAGCCACAGAGGAGACUGCAGCUUUGUCUUUCCUAAUUCAGAGACAGAGACAGUGACAGGCGAGUGGCCCUCAGGUAGAGCGGUGCCGAGAGAGCUCUCCCCACCGGGAUAACUGGCAGGACCGACACUAGGAAUUGUGAGGGACCAAUUGGGACAGGCGCCUUUCCAUCCGGGAACAGGGCGACACCCUUUCAGUCAAUUCUCGAGAGAGGAACUAGCGGGGCCCAGGGUGCUCGCCAGCCGGCUCGUGACGUCAUCCCGUGGCGCCGGAAGCGGAGGAGCCCGGAAGGAGUAACGUGAACGUUUUGGUCUCGUUAACUCGAGGUAAGGCCAUGGCCGACCUACCUCGUCUUUUGGCCGUGUGGGUUGAAGGAGGGUGUCUGCAUUAGGCCAGGGCUUCUGCUAUCCUUGAGCGAUGUGGCCUGAAGGACGCUCUCACGGCUUCUUUCUUAGUACAUGUCGCUUCAUCCUUCCCUCCUGCUCUCGUGGGCGUGUCUCAGCAUGUGUUCACGUUGGUCUCCGCCCCUCUUCGCGACACCCUUACCCACCUCUGUCGCCCUACAAGCCGGAAAAAAACUUAGCUCCUGGAUCCGCCCCAACCAGUUGGGAAAGGUACUUUCCGCCAGAAGCACCUCCCUUCGCGGCGUCCUCAACAGGCCUUGUAGGAAAAAGACUUACAGAAGCAAGCCUUUCCUCUUACACACCAGUGAGCGGAUCUGCAAAGCAGGGAUAUUUGAGGUCCCAUCCCAUUUGGAAUUAAAAUGGCCCAUGUUUGGACUCUAGGGAAUUUGACUUACGUUGGGAAUUUAGUAGAACACUUGAGUCAGGAUUGUUCACUUGGGGAGACAGUACAGAUUUGUGUCUUUUGACCUUAGUUGCACAGUCUUCGCUUUUGGAUGAUCUUUUAUCAUAUCUGAAGCUCCUCCUUUAAUCCUAUUUUCACUAUUAACAGGAAUGUGAUAAUGCGGGUGUGCUGGUUGGUGAGACAAGACAUCUUGCACCAGCGAAUCAAACUUCCACAUUUGGAAACAGUUAUGAUUGGGCGUGGCCCAGAGACCAAGAUCACUGAUAAGAAAUGUUCUCGACAGCAAGUACAGUUGAAAGCAGAGUGUAACAAGGGAUAUGUCAAGGUAAAGCAGGUUGGAGUCAAUCCCACCAGCAUUGACUCAGUCAUAAUUGGAAAGGACCAAGAGAUGAAGCUGCACCCUGGCCAGGUUCUCUACAUGGUGAAUGAACUUUAUCCAUAUAUUAUAGAGUUUGAGGAAGAGGCAAAGAACCCUGGCCUAGAAACACACAGGAAGAGAAAGAGGUCAGGCAACGGUAAUUCUGUAGAAAGGGAUGCUGUCCAGGAAGCUGAGCCUGGGACAGGGGUGGAACCUGGGAGCAGCCCCAGACCAUGCUCUAUGGCCCCUCAAAAGGAGAAAGAUGCAUCUAACAAAAAGGACUCACUGGGCCAUUGGAGUCAAGGCUUGAAAAUUUCUAUGCAGGACCCCAAAAUGCAGAUUUACAAAGAUGAGCAGGUAGUGGUGAUUAAGGAUAAAUAUCCUAAGGCUCGUCAUCACUGGCUGGUCUUACCAUGGGCCUCCAUUUCCAGUCUGAAGGAUGUGACUAGGGAACACUUUGAACUCCUCAAGCACAUGCACACUGUUGGGGAAAAGGUGAUUGCAGAUUUUGCUGGAUCUAGCAAACUCCGCUUCAGAAUGGGCUACCAUGCCAUUCCCAGCAUGAGCCAUGUACACCUACAUGUGAUCAGCCAAGAUUUUGAUUCUCCUUGCCUUAAAAAUAAAAAACAUUGGAAUUCUUUCAAUACAGAAUACUUCCUAGAAUCAGAAGCUGUGAUCAAGAUGGUACAAGAGUCUGGCAGAGUGACUGUUCGAGAUGGGAUGUCUGAGCUCUUGAAACUGCCCCUUCGUUGUCAUGAGUGCCAGCAGCUACUGCCUACCAUUCCUCAGUUGAAAGAGCAUCUCAGGAGGCACUGGACAAAGUGAUUCUUCAGAUCCUGAACUUCUGCCACAAGUGUGACUGAUGGGAAUGAACUUGCUAGCACCUGUUCUGGGUUGCUUGUGAACAUUUUCUCAUUUCCCAAAUUAAAACAUACAGUUUUUU